AUGGCUACUAUGAAAUUCCAGCCUAUCCCACUCCAAGAUACGGCCUUCUGUGUGGAAGAGAAUGAUCCUGAAGAGCAGAGGAUACAGAGGUUGAGAGAGAUGAAGGAGAGGGAGAGCAGAGGAGUGGGGAUAGGGAAGGGGGAGAAGAGGGCAGAGGAGGGGAAGAAGGUGUAUGGAAGACAGGGAGUUGUGUAUUAUGGGAAAAGCAAGAAUAUUAAUGUAAAGAAGAAGUUUAAAGUUGAUGGGAAUAAGCUUCCUCAAAGAUUGCAGGGUGUCAAAUUCAGUAUUUCUGAAUCAAGGACGGCUGAUAUCGACACAAAAGAAUCAUUCUACAAGUCAAAUAGUUCUCAAUACUCUUUGAAGGGGAACAAGAGCAAGGUAUCAGUUAAAAGUCUUAAGGAUAACAUAUCUGAGAUGGGCUCUUCUCAGGAGAACUUUCAAAGGAAGGCAAUGCCAAGAAUGUUUGAGCAUCAAAUCGAAUUUCAGACUGGAUCACAUCCAAAUCAUUCUCUUAUUCCAAAGAAAGGGGUAACUCUGAGAACAGGAAAUGGAACUGGAGAGAGGUCUUACUCUCCUCCCCUUGGAAUGACAAAUACAUUCAGCAUUGGUCCAGGAGGAGUUAAAAGAAUGUCAAGAGCUCAAUAUGCAGCAACUAUAGCUAAAGAAGGGCUUAGAUUCAAAGAUAGGCUCAAAUCAGCUAAUAAUUACUCUAAAUACAGAAAUGCAAGGAUAAGUGGGGCUCCACAACAAGAUUAUGGAAACCAUCUAAAAGUUCCACUUGCGAAAGUGUAUAUGAAUUCUAAUACCAAAAGUGUGAAAUAUCAUCAAGCUAAGACAGGCCAGAGAAACUCUGGUAGAAAUAUAACCCGUUCACGUACUAUGAAUGGAAGAGUGAGGCAAAAGAGGAUCAUCCAUAAACUAGGAGAAGCUGUAAAUAGCAACCAAGUCAUUGUUCACAAUAAAUAUGAUGUUUCAAAACUGUUAUUAGCUGAAACACCAGUCAAGCCCUCUUCUAAGCUGCAACAGCCAAGUCAGUACAGUCAUACAUUCUCAAGAGAGAAGAUAUCAAGGAGGGCUUCUCAGAAGGCAAAUACUAAAGUGAUCUCUCAUAAGGCUUUAUUCUAGGUGUGGGUAAAUCUAGAGAGCCAGCUCAGUUAAUAAUUUCA